AUGUUUAGAAGUGGAGCACUUGGAAAACUAGAAUAAUUAGCAAAUGAAGCACCAACUCGAAACUUACUUGCUCAGAAAUAAUUACAAAUGCCCUUACUAGGUCAAUUAGGUGUAUCACCCUUUCAAAGUAUGCCCAAUCUAAAUCCAUUUUUGCAAAAGCCAGGACAAGCUACAUUUCAAAGUAAUCCACUAAUGGGGCUUGUUAAUCCAAUGCCAAUUGCACCAGUACCUCUAAUGGGACAACUUGGAGGGCAUUUGUCUAAUUUCUAGGGCUACAGAGAUCCUAAUUUACUUUCGCAAUAGUUUCUUUUAGGUAGAGGACUACAUCCUACUGCAGUAGAUAGACUCGGGUUAACUUAUUCUCGUGGUAGAGGAAUGAACGGCAUACUGACAGGAGAUUACACUGAUGCUGAGAGACUAAAAAAGUCUUUGUAUAGAAGCGAUUUACUCAACUAGAUUGAUGAUAAUAAACUUAGAAGAGUUGAAAAAUACAAUCUAUCGAGAAUAGAAAAUGAACUUGAAGAGGAGAGAUUAAGACGAGAGAGAGGAUACCUUCACAACAAACCUUAUGACUAUAAUUGGGACAGAAGGGACAGAUUCGUAGAUGAGUCUGAGAGAGUCUCAAGGCAUCUUAGGGAGAGGAUGCAUAGAGUAGAUGAAGAUAAGUACAACUACAAGAGAUUCAGAAAAGGUAGUGAGCCAGUAGAAGCUUACUGGCUUCAAGAUAAUAAACCUGGUUGGUAUUAGAAGAAUUAGAGGGGUAGGGAUUGGGAUAGAUAUCCUGUCCCACCUUAGGGAGGAUGGCCAGAUAAUGAUUUGUGGAACUAAGGAGACAGAGAAGCCCCUUGGAGAAAAGAAAGAGGCUUUUGGUAGAACGGCAAGUGGGUACCAAUGGAUGUAGCGAAUAAGGUUUAGGAGUAAGUGGGUAAAGAAGUAGAGAGAAUUAAGGGUGAAAUGAAUAAGAAUGAAUUGGAUUUGCAAAUUAAGCUCAAUAACAUGAAAAAGACUGCAGCGGAUGCAGACCGAGAAAGAUACGAAGUUCUUGCUAAUAUUGAUCACUUAAAGGAAAGGCUCAAGAACUAAGAAGUAUCAGAAAAUGUAGCUCAUAAAUAUGAAUAUCAUCAGUUAAUGAAUAACAUGUAUGAGAAGCAAGGACUCCUUGACAAGCGUACUUAGCUCUUGCCUGAGGUCACGACCUUUCCUAGGAUUGAUAAAGUGCAAUUUAGACUACCUGAGAGGCCAACCUCCAGGUAUGAUACUCUUGACAGACUACCAAAAAGUGUAAAGUUUAUUAAUGAAAGAGAUAAAGACUCUCUAGAUAAGCAAAGUACAAAGAUUAAGAUUUUCGAUGCUGAUUACCUUAACCAAGUAAACACUAAGAGAUUAGAUGAUUUGCUGCCUAUCGAUAGUAGGACUUAAAAGAGCAAAGAUGUACUUACAGACUUCUUAGACAGAGAGACAGCAGCUUCUCGUAUAAGUUUAAAUCAAGGAGAUGUUAGGAAUGAGCUGAUGAAUAAGGAUAUACUAAAGGACUUGGAUCGUUUGAAUACCAUACCCUACUAGACUCCACUUAAGGUGGUUGACAAAUAUUCAUAGUUUGCCACUCUGGAUGAUAUAACCAUUAUGUCCAGUAAAAAUAAUGCGCCAAUAUCUUAGAAGCAUCUAAUAACCUCUCACUCUACCCAUAUACUUUGA